AGGUUGGUCUAUUUUUUUUUAAUUUUUUAUUAAUGAAAUAGUUUUGAAAUUCGUUCCCCAUGGAGGAGGAGAUUCCUCCAGCGAAUUACACCUACAUGGGACGGAGCUUGGAUGAUCUGAGCAACGGUGAUGCUUCCUCCGCAGCUUUCAGCGAUUGCAACAGCGACAGAUCGGGUGAAUUUUCCACGACCACUUCACAGAGCCGAGGCCUCUUGGUGGUUUGUGCUUCUGAGAGUUCCGACCAUCUGAUCCGCCAGCUCGUCUCCGACCUCCAGUCAUGCUCAAUCGACUUGCAGAGGCGAGCCGCUAUGGAGAUCAGACUUCUCGCCAAGAACAAACAGGAAAAUCGUCUCAAGAUUGUUCAAGCCGGCGCCAUCAGACCACUCAUCUCUCUCAUAUCCUCUCAGGACUCCCAGCUUCAAGAGUACGGUGUAACCGCGAUUCUUAACCUCUCCUUGUGCGACGAGAACAAGGACCUGAUCACGGCCUCGGGAGCGAUAAAACCACUCGUAAGAGCACUGAAGACCGGAACGGCCACUGCCAAGGAGAACGCCGCUUGUGCUCUGCUCCGGCUCUCGCAGGUAGAGGAGAACAAGACCGCAAUUGGACGGUCGGGUGCCGUACCGCUACUGGUUUCCUUACUGGAGAACGGCAGUAUCCGGGGGAAGAAAGACGCAAUGACAGCCCUAUAUUCGCUCUGUUCCGCGAAGGAAAACAAGAUCAGAGCCGUCCAAGCAGGGAUCAUGAAGACCCUUGUGGAAUUAAUGGCGGAUUUGGGAUCAGGCAUGGUGGAUAAAGCGGCUUUCGUGUCGUGCACACUGGUAUCGAUACCGGAGGGCAAAACCGCUUUGGUUGAGGAAGGUGGUAUCCCUGUACUUGUGGAGAUCGUGGAGGUGGGAUCGCAGAGGCAGAAGGAGAUUGCGGCUGCCAUCCUCUUGCAGAUCUGCGACGAUAGCUUGCCCUAUCGUACAAUGAUUGCCCGUGAAGGUGCGAUACCGCCGUUGGUUGCUCUUUCACAGGCCGGCACAACCAGGGCUAAACAGAAGGCGGAUGCACUCAUUGAUCUUCUGCGGCAACCGAAUCCCGGCUACAAUGCGGCUAGGCCAUCAAAUAUGUCAGAAUUAAAAUAG